UUUACCUUUUCUAGACUCAAAACCUAAAAUCUUUUCUACAAGUGCGGCCGACCGAGCAAGACGGGAGAUUACGAUGGCGUCAGGUGACCUCCAGCUCCUCCUGCCCCGAUGUCGCCUGCAGCAGCUGGCUCGGGACUGGCUGGCAGAGGACACCCCAUGGUUGGACUUUGCUGGGUGGGCAGCUUCCCAUGGGGACCAGGGGUGUCAGGAGGCCGUACUACUUUGCAAGUCUGUGGGGGUGCUGGCGGGGUGCCCCUUCUUCCAGGCUGUGUGUGAAGAGGCCGGCUGCAGUGUGACGUGGGAGAAGAGUGAAGGCUCGUGGCUCCAGCCAGUGACCAGAGUGGCCACAGUCAGAGGUUCUGUCAAUGAUCUCCUCUUAGCAGAACGCCCGGCACUCAAUGUUCUGUCCCGGGUCAGUGGUGUGGCCACACUGGCACGACAGGUAUCGGAGCGGGCACAGGCGGCAGGCUGGACGGGGCAGGUUACGGGGACACGGAAAACCACUCCUGGAUUUCGCCUGCCAGAGAAGUAUGGGCUCCUAGUGGGAGGAGCUGGAACACACCGCUAUGGGAUCAGUGACCUCAUCAUGUUGAAGGAUAACCAUAUAUGGGCAAUGGGAGGAGUCAGAAAGGCUCUGCACUCGCUGCACUCUCUUGCCGGCCGCACUCUGAAGGUGGAGGUUGAAUGCCGAUCCCUGGAGGAGGCCUUAGAGGCAGCGGAGGCCGGGGCUGACAUCAUAAUGCUGGAUAACUUCACCACCGAGUUUCUCCACCAGGCAGCUUUCUCGGUGAAGACGUCUUUCCCGAGGGUUGUGGUAGAAGCUUCUGGAGGUGUCUCUCCACAAAACCUUCUCCAGUUUCUGGGCCCUCAUGUGGACAUGGUAUCUAUGGGGUGCCUCACGCAGGGACCUCCUAGUAUUGACUUCUCUCUGAAAUUAUCCAAAGGCUUGAAGUACACGAGUGGCUCCUCAGACCCCGGCCCGGCUGCUUCUACCAAUCGGCAGUGAAG